AGUUCAUAAACACGUAGCCAUGAGACGGCCGGCUUACGUAUUGUUUGCCAUUUUCUUGGCUUUCGCAAAUGCUUCAGAAAGAGUCCGUAGAGGUUACGGCGGCGGUGGAGGCGGAGGUGGGGGUGGAGGAUUUGGUUUCGGGGGCGGAGGUGGUUUUGGCUACGGAGGUGGCGGCAGCGCCGGAGGUGGUGCCGGUGGUGGUGCCGGUGGUGGCUUCGGGGGUGGUCUCGAUGUAAUCCGCGAAGGUGUACACGGCAUUCUAGGAAAAGUUCACGAAGGCAUAAACCAUCUUAAAGGAAGUGGUGGCUUCGGUGCCAGCGGUGGAAUAGGCGGUGGCCUUGGUGGUGGAGCUGGUGGUGGUGGCGGAAGUGGCUUCGGAGGAGGAAAUGGAGGAGGAAGUGGUGGAGGGUUGGGAGGAGGAAACGAGAAAUCAAUAUAUACAAAGUCAGAUGAUGGCAAAUCGGGUGGAUUUGCUUUUACUGGUACAACUGGUAAUGGCGGAUACGGCGGUGGAGGUGGUUACAGCAGUGGAGGAAGUGGAAGUGGCUAUGGAGGUGGUGCUGGAUUUGGAGGUGGAGCUGGCGGCGGCUCUGGUGGAGGAACUGGUGGCUCCAAUGGAAAAGGAGGAUAUGGCGGUGGAAAUGGUGGUUUCGGUGGUAGUGGAUCUGGAGGACUAGGAGGAGGUGCAAGUGGUGGAAAUGGCGGGGGAAGUGGUGUUGGAAAGGGCCAAGGUGGAUCGGGUGGAUUUGGAGGUGGUAAUGGCGGAGGUUAUGGCGGUGGAGCUGGAGGCGGUUUGGGAGGUGGGCAUGGUGGUUCUGGAAGUCUUGGAGGAAGUAAUGGUGGAUCAGGUGGUUUUGGAGGCGGCGGUGGUGGAUCAGGUGGAUAUGGUGGUGGAUCUGGCCUUGGAGGAGGUUCCGGAGGAGGAAAUGGAGGCGGCUAUGGUGGAUCUGGUGGUUUUGGAGGAGGUAGUAGUGGAUCCGGAGGAAACGGCGCUGGAUCCGGCCUCGGAGCAGGUUCGGGAGGAGGUCAUGGAGGCAGCACGGGUGGAUCAGGUGGUUUUGGAGGAGGCAGUAGUGGAUCUGGAGGAUACGGGGGUGGGUCUGGCCUUGGAGGUGGUUCUGGAGGAGGGCAUGGUGGAUCAGGUGGUUUUGGAGGUGGUAGCGGUGGAUCUGGAGGUUAUGGAGGUGGCUCCGGCGGUGGCCUAGGCGGUGGUGCUGGUGGUGGCCUAGGUGGAGGAUACGGAGGAUCUGGUAGCUCAGGAAGUGGAAGCGGAGGCGGAGGUGGCGGACAUAGUGGAUCUGGAGGUUACGGUAGUGGCACUGGUGGUAGCGGUGGACUCGGAGGAGGACGUGGUGGUUCUGGAUCUGGAGGUGGAUCAAGUGGAGGUCUUGGCGGAGGUUUUGGAGGAGGCUUUGGAGGUGGACUUGGCGGUGGGCUUGGUGGUGGACAUGGAGGCUCAAGCGGAUCUGGUGGACAUGGAGGCAGCCAAGGUAGUGGUGGCUAUGGCAGCUCUAAUAGUGGGCCAGGAGGUUACGGAAGCUCUGGUGGUGGUUCAGGUGGCUAUGGAAGCUCUAGUGGUAGUAACGGGGGAGGUUGCGGUUCAGGAUCUUGUGGUGGAUGCGGGUCUGGUUCUUGUGGUGGACAAGGUGGCGCAUUUGCAUCAGCUAGUGCCAAAGCAUCGGCCUCUGCAAGCGCUAGCAGUUACGGAAAAUAGUAUGACUUCUGUUGAUAACUUCUGUAAACCGAUUUAAAAUACACAACUAACUCAAUCAUCAACAUUGUAAAUGAUAUAAAAAAAAAACAUUGCAUAAAUAUGCUUCCAUGGGAAAAAUGAUACAAACAAUUAUUAUGCAUAUAAAUGACCAAUUGAUCAUUGUUAAUAUAAGGUUCAUGAUUCACACAUAUUGUAAUAAAACUUAGACAUAAUUAAAGUCAAGUGAUUACUGUGAUUGUAUUUAUACAUAAUUGUAGUUAUUAAAAUAUAUCUAAGUUUUUCAA